AUGCAAUUUUCAAUUAUUGCUUUUCUCCUUCUCUUGAUCCCCCUCUCAAUCUUCGCCAAUUUUUCGGAAGAUGAUUCAGGUACAGUAACCCCAGAUACCGUACUCCCUUACCACUUUAAAAUAGUUCCUUGCAGAUUUGACACCAAGUGAAAGAUUUGCUCGCGAUUUGGAGCUCCGCAAAAAAUUCGCAUUCGCUUUUGCCAAACGAAGUUCUGGCUCGGGAUCACAAGUUCCUGAUGAAGUUUUGAUUGAAGCUCGAAGUGGAACACCGAAAGAUAUGAGAUUUGCAUUUGCGAAGAGACGAGCUGCGAAGGAGUUUGCGAGAUUUGCGAGAGCAAGUUUUGCAUAG